CACAGCUGGUAUCACACUGAGUCUGUUCAUAGAUAGCUCUAGACUAGUAGACCCCAUACAAAGUUAGUCAUGUUGCGUUUUCUUAUUAUUUUAAGCUUGCUUGGAAGAGCUUAUCUUUUAGAUAUAAUAUCUAAUGGAGAUUCAACUGUUUUAUUCGGUGAUGAUGCCUCACUCUCUUGUACACUGCCAAACGCAUCUGGAGUUAAACAAGUGACCUGGCAGCGGGUGCGCGCUGAUGAACGCGCACAAACACUGGCCACAUUCAGUGAACGCUUCCAAAAGCAUGUGGAUGAACAAUUUGUUGGAAAAGUCAUCUUCACCGUGGCGUCAUUUAAUUCAACGUCCAUUGUGAUAAAAAACGUAACAUUUGAAGACGAGGCUUGCUACAUUUGUUCCUUCAAACUGUAUCCAGUAGGACCCAAACGGGAAACCAUGUGCCUCACUGUUAAAGGUAUAUCCAAAAUAAUAGCAACACUGAAUGCUGCACCCAAUUCUGAUGUUAAAAUCUCAUGUUCAGCCACUGGUAAACCUACUCCAACUCUCCAUUGGAAAUCCACAGAGAAAGAGCUGAACCUCAGGUUGAACAAUUUCACAGUGCUGAACAAAGACAGCUCAUACACUGUUACAAGUAACCUCACAUUUCCAAAGACACAUUUCCAAGGGAAGUAUGUAGAAUGUUUAGCUCAAAGUGGCACCAUGGAGAGCGGCUUCAAAAUCUAUGUUCCUGGAGAAGAAAAUAAUGCCACAUUAAGAAAUUAUAUCAUUACAAUUGUGGUCCUCAUUAUCGUCUGUGUUGUAAUUGCUGCAGUCUAUCUUUACAUCAAGUUAAAUGAUUCUAAAGUGAAAACAUCUGCUUCUACUUCAUAAACUGCAACACAUCUCUGGAUUGCACAGCUGCCACUUAAUACAGCAAUCUAAAAAUCUUUUGUUGUCUGUACAAAAGAUCACAUAUUCACAUUCUUGGAUAAGCUAUUUAAUAUAAUAUACAUUUAAAAAAUUUAUAGAUUGUACACACUGUAUUAUUAAUGAAAAUUAUUAUUAAACCAUAUUAUAUUAAUGAUAAAUAAUACUAAUUAAUAAUAAUAAUACAAAAAGUAAGUGUUUUUCAAGGAUCCUGGAUUCUCCAUCUAUACAUGUCCAAAAGGAUCAGGGUCUGUGAGUAGUGUGCGUGUUUGUGUUUAUUUUGGGGAGACCGGAGCUGUUGUCACACAUUUUUACUCCAGUGGAUAUAUCUCAGGAUAGAUACAUUUUUGCAAGUCAAUUUCUUUAGGCACAUACAGAUGGGAAAAAUGUAAAUGUGACAUCAAACAUCACUGGUGGUCGAUUACAUCUGCUACCUCAAAGAGAUGGAGGACCUGCUCAGGGUAUGUGCCUCCACCUCUGACAAUUCCACCUCCCAGUCUGUGUCCUGCCCUGCCUCUGGUUUUCUUCUUGGAGACCUCUCUUCCCAACCCAUCCCUGGAUUUUAUGACUGCCACCGACCCAAUGGUCUUCCCCGGCUCAUUCUUUUCUCACCACUGGUGCUUCCCCAGAGGAGCCCACCGUUGUUGCAGUUUUCUUUGGAGGUGCCCUCUCACUCCAAGUAUCUUCACUCUCGCCAGUCUUCCCUCUCUAGAGUUUCUAGACCUCAUCCCAGCUCUGAAGCCGCUCAACUCUCUUCCUGCUCUGGAGCCGCUCAACCUCAUCUCCACUCUGGAACCACCUGACACUUUUCCUGCUCCGAGCUACCUACCCUUGGGUUCCCUACUCAUGUUCUAAGCUGUCUUACCUACAGGACCCUGCUCUCACCCUGGAGCUUCUGAAACAUGCUCCUCAUUCCCUUGGUUAACCAUGCCUGAACUCCCCUGGACUGUUCCACUGGCCCCGCCCUGGACUGAUUCUUCUGAUUGUGAUUUUGAUCUUUUGUGUUUAAUCAGGUUGGGAUCCAGGUGUACUGUGGGGAGGGGGUAGUAUCAUGAUCUCGACACAAGUCUGGGUUUCUUUUUAUGUCUGGAUCAUGUCACCUGUUUCUAGUGUAUAUAUAUAUAUAUAUAU